AUGUCUGGAAAAACAGCACUUAUUAUCGGCGCGACUGGCCAGACGGGCCAACAUGUACUCAAGGAGCUGUUGGGGUCUUCGCAUUAUACGAAAGUUGGCGAGUACGGACGGAGGCUUACUGACCUCUCGACACUCUCUGCUGGCAAGGACAAGCUCGUUCAGAAGUCAAUCGAUUUUGAGAAGCUGGAAGAGUCUGGAAUCAAGGACGGGAAAUGGGAUGUUGUCUUUAUCACGCUAGGAACCACUAGAAAGGCUGCUGGGAGCGCGGCUGCAUUCGAGAGGAUCGACAGAGACUAUGUCAUCAACUCUGCCAAGGAAGCUCGAGUGCCCGACCACCCCCAAAGAGUUGUCUACCUCUCGGCCGCCGCUGCGAACGCGAAAUCCUCAUUCCUGUAUCCCAGGUGUAAAGGUCAAACGGAAGAAGCUCUAGCCAGCAUGGGAUACUCCGACACAAUUGUAUUCCAUCCCGGUCUGUUGACCGGGACUGCUCGACCUCAAUCCAGAAUUCAGGAAACCAUCGCGGAGGGUAUUUUCAACACUUUCCGUUUACCGAGCUUUUUCCCAAACUUGGAGAUCAAGGUGGCGACCUUAGGCAAGAGUAUGGCGAUAGCGGGAUGGCUGGGUUCCGAAAGACUGCCAUCUGUUGCCCAAGCUGCGGAGGAGGAGACGCCGGAGGGCAAGCGGUUUGUGUCUAUCCCCAACGCUGGGGCGGCCGCCCUUGCACAGACAUCUUGGGAGUAG